CAAAUCCCUAGAACACUACGGAGGCAGAACUGCUUUUUCUUCUUCCUUCUUCCCUUUUCUGAACCUUUUCCCAACAAUACCACCACCAAACCUUAACAUGGUUGUCAAGACGAUGAAACCGCGACCAUGGCCACCACCAAUUUCAAUAAAGUACGAGGUUAAACUACCACUUGUCAAAACACAUUCGCCGUUCAAAUUAGAUGGAAAGGUCAUAAACUUGCCCUUAGUUCUCUCCGUCGUAACGCCGCUGUCAGAAAUUUCACCGGUGAAAGUCAUCCUCGCCGUGCUGACCAAAGAUGAAAACGAUGUCGUUUUGUGGGAUCGAGAGUUUCAUAGCUUUGUUAAUGUUUCUGCUAAUAAAGAUAAUUCUUUUCAUCCUUGGGAGAUUGCUUUCACCGUUUUUAAUCGAUUCAGGAAGAACAACACAGUGUGUUUCCCUGCGUUUUCCUAUUGUGUUUUGCAACAAGGAUCUGAUUUCUCAAAUUGGGCCUGGGCCUAACAACUUGGUUGAACUGCAUUUUGGGCUUCCUUUCAUUUCCUAUCAGUCUUAUGUUUUGUUUUUUUGUUGCUAGAUUACCCCCAUUAGUUACUAUAGUAUAGUUAAUCAUUUGUAUUUCAAACUCAAAUUGGUAAGUUUCCCAAUUUUGAGUUUGAGGGGGAUGUUAAGAUAGUUAGAGUUUUUUUGGUGUUAGUUAAUUAGUUAGAAGUUAGUUAUAGUUGGUUACUCAAUUAGUUAGUUAAUUGGGUCCUAUAAAUAGAACACUAAUUGUGUAUGAUUCUUGAUAGUUACCUUCACAUCUUCCUUGUUUAGUAUUCUUCUUUUUCUUUGUGGCCAUAUCAACGUUCUUGUUUUUAAUUUCUAAUCAAGUAAACCCUCAAUUGACUGUGCAACUUACUGCUUCACUGAUCAGAGGUUCUUGUUAGUGUUGUAAAAACCUUCAUUCUACACUGUGCUACUCAGGUAUGUAAUCUUUACCUUCACUUCUUCCUUGAUUACUGUUAUUCUUUUUCUUUUUUUGCCAUAUCAUUGUUCUUGCAAGAAAUCUAAUAAUUUGUUACAGACACAUGCACACAUUGCUUUCAUGGAAACUACCUCUUGAGCUUUUCCAUUCUGAUUCAUCCACAUUUUUUUUAAGAAGUAAAAUAAGCCAAAAAAAUUGGACUGGCACCCAUACGCCUUAAUAAUACUAGAUAGGACUUUUUAGGUGUUGCAAUAAUUCGAUAGAGUUCUUUGCAUAUUAUCUCUUAUGCAGAUUAUGAUGUUCUUUGCAUAUUAUCUCUUAUGCAGAUGAUGAUGUUCUUUGCAUAAUAUUCUAUUUCUAAAUUCUAAAUUGGACUGGCACCAAUUCACCUUAGUAAUACUAGACAUGACUUUUUAGGUGUUGCAAUAAUUUGAUAGAGUAGUUCUUAAUAAUUUUCUAGUUCUUAAUAAUUUGAUAUAGUUAUUAGUUACAUAGUAUCUCUAGUAUAAUAACAGAAUGUUUCAGUAUGUAGAGUUCUCAUGAUAUUUGAUAUGCACUACUUGUCUUUAUUUGAUUAUUAUGCUUUUCAUUCAACUUUUCAGAAUUUGUCACUUUACGGUUCUGUUUACAAACAUUGUCAGUCAAUAGAGACAAAGAAACAAAACUAGGAGCACAAAAUUAAAAACCUUAAAAUCAACAUUUAAAGAUAACUCAUGUUUCACCAAAAAGUCAACAAAUGAAGAUAACUCAUGCACUUCAUAGGACUAUGUAGGAGUGCUUGAUUUACCAAGUUUUUCUUCAUUGUGCUAUGUGUUCUUAACCUUUAUUAUACAAUGAAUUUGUGAUUUUAGGACUAUAGAGUUGUGGUUAAUUAGUGUUAACAUGAAUAAGUGUUAUAAACAUUGAUGAAAAAAAAUGUGCUUUUUAGGAGAAUGGCUUUUUUGGAGAACAAGCUUCAGUCUGUCAAUGAGCGUUCCUUUUUCCUUGCUAUAUAUGAUAACCAAGGUUAUAUGGAACAGUUUAGAGCCCUAUGUGUUCGCUAUGGCGGUCAUACUGUUACUCCAUGCCCGGAUAUUGAGAUGGCACUUCAAUUUGAUGCACAAGAGAUCAAUUACAUAUUCAUUGAUUCUACGCUAGCUAAGCUCGAUGGAUGUAACUUUAUGAAGCUUGCUGAAGCAAAAUAUCCGAAAGCUCACAUUUUUGUUACAUGCGUAAAUGUCAAUGAAGAUGAAUUUCUUAAGAUGCAAAAGGAGGGUAAUAGUGAUCAUCACACUUUUCUGAGAUGGCUUGAUGUGAGAGAUUAUGAUGCUACUGAAAUGGAAGCAUUUGAAGAUGUUCCCCCUGGAACUAAGAUAUUUUCUGAUGUAUUCAAGCCUGUUAGAACUCAAAAGCGGACAUAUUUUAUGCCAGGUGAUGGUAUGGAUCAAAUAGCACGUCUAGCAUCUUUUAAGAAUCCUAAAUGUGAUGAUUCUAAACUUACUGGUGUUUCCACUGAACUUUUUCUUGGAUUACCUGAGAAAGACUCCAAUGAUAAUAGCAAUAAGAGAAAGAGGAAACAAAGAUAAAUAGUGCAUAUAUGUAAGAUGCAGAAUAUAUGGAAAUUUGCUGAGAAAUCCUUCCUUGAUGGACAUAAAUAAUGUUGAAAAGUUUUACAAUUUUUAUGUAUCAUUACAUUAACAUCCUGCACAUUACAUCCUGCACAUUACAUUCAGAAACCAAAUUGUUGUGAAUGUUCAUCCAAAAUAGUACUAGCUACUGCAGCUACUGCUCUCAUUGACACAUUUGUUUGUUUGAAAUUAAAUACAAGGACAAAUGUAUUCAAUGGUUCUCUUA